AUGGAUGCUCAUAUUUCACAUUUACACUCAGAACUGUCAAGUUCCGUCACACUAAUCCGUCAGACAUAUUGGAUACCGACUAUACGACAAGUUGCGAACAGUAUCUUACGCAAAUGUGUGACCUGUAAAAAAGUUAAAGGCCGACCGUAUACAGCCCCAGAUCCGCCGCCUUUACCGCAGGACAGACUACGAGAAGCACCGCCGUUCACAGUAAAGGGAGUUGAUUUUACGGGAGUUCUGACAGUGAAAAACAACGAUGGAACUACAAGCAAGGCUUACAUAUGUUUAUUCACAUGUGCCAGCACUCGCGCUGUGCAUUUAGAAGUGGUGGACAAUUUAACAGAAGAAACAUUUAUCCUAGCAUUUAGAAGAUUCGUAAGUAGAAAAUCGUUACCGAAAACGAUGAUAACCGACAAUGCUUCUACCUACAUUGCAGCCGCUAAGCAUAUAGAGAAUCUCACACGAUCAGCGUCACUUACAGAAACGUUGAACAACUAUGGUACAAAAUGGACAUUUAUACCAAAACGCGCACCGUGGUACGGUGGCUUUUGGGAAAGAUUGAUAGGGAUUACAAAAGAAGGUUUUGGGACGUUCCCUUAUCAAUAUAGAACUUCUUAA